CUAAAUAACAUCGCUAAACUGAAUGAGCAUUUCGCGGCAUUUGGAAGCAUCGUAAAUAUGCAGGUUCGAUUCAAUGGCGAAGCAGAUGCUGCACUCAUCACCUACGCAUCCCGCGGCGAAGCCAUGGCUGCUUACAAGUCGCCCCAACCUGUAUUGAACAAUCGCUUCAUCAAGGUGUUCUUCUACAACCCUGAUAUCGUUGCUGGGGCAACAGCUGGGCAGGAUCGCUCAGUGCUCAAUUCUGGUGUGAAUGUGGAUAAGCCAGGGUCUGAAAAUGCCCCUCCACCUGCCCAACCGCCCACCAAGGUUGCAACAAUUGAAAUGUCAAAGUUUGUCAAUCAAGAGUUGAAGGAAAGUCGUGAGAAAAUCAUGGAAGCUCGACGUAAGCUGAAAGUUGAAAAGUCCAAUCAAAUUUCAAUUUUCAACGUACAUAAGAGGCAGACCGAUUUGCUACAGAAGCUGAUGGAUCGCCAGAAAAUUGUCGUGAAGAAGUUAAAAGCGGAAGGAGAAACUAUGGAAGCCACAGAAAAGAAGAAACUUCUUACUCUUGUCAAACAGCUCAUGGAAAAGAUCACAAUAGGAAAGAAAGAGAUUGAUGAGCUGUCUGCUAAAUUGAAAGCUUGCAUGGAAAACAUUACCGGAUUAGAGAAAGUGAUCUCAAUGGAGAAGGAGACUAGAAAAGGCUCGGAUAGUGAUGGCCGAGAUAGCGCUAGUCCU